CCUUCGUGUGUUCCACGGCAGCAUCUGUAACAUUCACCUUAUCGUUGGCGCGUUGGCGUGUUAUCCUCUCUCUUGUCCUUCAGUUCGCGAUCAUUCUGAAUCUCAACGUCGGCUUGCGUUGCAUCGAUGGCGAGCUGAAUGACCGGCGGUAUGUUCACUGCUUCCCGACUUCCCACAGGGGCUUCUCCAUCUGAAGUAUCUACGAUAAUGGGACUACAUGACAGUGUAUAUUUCCGACUAGCACACUUGCGACUGGCACCUUUAUGGAUAGACCUGACAAGGGACUGAACUUGCACCGAUGCGCAUUGGCCUGACAAGCCGUGGCCGGUGACAGAGCGUGAGAAAGCCGAGGCGUCUGGUGCCGAAGGUGAAGUGAUCCUGUGCUACAUCCGCCUUUCGCUUUCACCUUGGUCGUCAUCUCUGCCCGUCUACACCCCCAGCUCAAGAACACCGACAACAAGGCAUAACCUGCAGAGACCAGCCUCUGUCGUAGCGAGACGACUUGGAGAUCACAGGGCCUGCGAGGCCUUACGCGUAUCAGCCCCGACGCCACUUCACCAUGUCCCUCCCGGACGGCAAACUCACCCUUCAAGGCUUCUCGCAGCUUGGUGAUGCUAACCCGAAGAAGCACGCCAUGGUUGUCCGCCUGUCUACAGAGACUAUGGAAGCUUUAGAGAGAUUAGAGAGCGGCGCGAAGAUAGACAUUGACUUUGGAGAGGGCUCAUCAAAGCUCUACAUAGGCGACACGUCGUUUACGAUGUCCGCUCAGCCCGAGACAGUGUCACACGAAUUGUACCUGCGCAUGGUCCAGCCGAACAAGCCUGGCGCAAUACUGAAGCUGCAGGGCAACGUCGUGGGCAAGCUGCAUGUCGAACGGCAGCUGAACGCACAGGCGGAAACGGCCAUACGCGACCGAACACAGCAAGCUGAGAAGCAAAGGCACGAACGCAAGAUCGAGCUGCUCGAUGCUCCGCUCGCACAAGCCCCGCGGGCCACACUAAAAAAGCCCAAGGUAGCGAGCAAGCCGACGAAGUCCACGCCCGCCGGACGCGCACCCCCGGACCCGAAUCGCUCUCUAUCAAGCUCGACGUCACUUCAACCAUCUCGUGUCGCAUCACCGCGCAUCUCGCCACGACCGCUAAAUGUUGGCGGUUCAGAGAACCAUGCCAAGUAUCGUCUGAUCCACUUUGUGGCUCUGAAGCCGAGGACGCACGAGGAGAUUAUCAGGCUUGUGGGUGGAUCAAGCAAGGAGUCUAGGAAAGAGGUGCAGGACUUGGUACCGGAGGUGCUCGAGAGAGUGCGAAGUAGCGAUCCCGCCCAGCCAGCCAAAUACAGACUGAAGACAGAAUCUUGGCUCGAGGUUAGACCGUUCGAGAAUGAAGCUCUGCGUGCCGAUGAAGUACAGAAGCUCGUGGACCAAGGACAAGAGGCUCUUAGGCGACUGUACAUUCCAGAGUCUGAUCCACUAUGGAACAACUUCCGCCGCGACAAUGUUCUCGUCCCACCUACUACUCGGCCCUCAAGACCAUCGCCAGUCCCGCCGCCUGCAGAGCCCAAAAAGUCCGUGGUAACAAAGAAAACGAGGCCGUCCGAGAUGACGAAGAAAGUGACUGAUACGAUACCAAUGAAGGACGAGAGUGUGCGUCCGCCCAAACCGGAGUCGAUGAAGGCCAGAGAGCGGGAAGGGACUCCCACGACAUCCGCAGCCGCUGCGAAACCUACGGCAAGGCGGGUACCCGGUUCUGGCUUCCGAGCGAAAUCUCAUAGCAGCACACCUCCGACGAUUGACGGCACUGUCACGGAGCCACAGGCGUCGCUGAAGAGACCAAGCGUCGACCACGAAAUGAAGCGUGAGCCUCCGUCACCCGUCCCAGGAUCCUCUCGACCUUCAUCGUUAAUGCCGCCUCCGCCAGGAAAGACUGUUAAACGGGAGGAGGCGGAAGUCAAGAGGAAAAAACAUGGUCAGUCUUCCCGCGCAGAGGACACUCGGGAGAAGAAGCGGCCCAAGACGGAGCCUGGUGAAGUCGAGCUGUCUCCGCGAAAGAGACAUCGAGACGUCCCGGAGUCGGACUACUCCGAUCGGGAUUCCGUCGCGAACCUCAGCUUCAAGAAGCGGAAGACGGACCAGCGGGACAGCGACAAAUUGCAAGUCAAGGCGGAGCCCCGGGACAUGCCAAUAGCCAAGAAGGAUCGGGACGCAUCUCCGCUACCUGCCCGUGUGAAGACAGAACGCCAGCCUACCCCGCUGACCAGGUCCCCCGUUCCAGCUCCGCGCUCCCCCGCGCUCCUACCUCGGCCGCCUGUGCAGGAGCGCGUGGCCUCAGCGGCAUCGAACGGCUCGCGCGACACGCGACGUGAAGACACGGCUCCGCGCAAUGGCUCCGCGAAGCCGCGUCGACGGGAGCCGAGCUUCACGUCCUCUGAAGACGAUGACCCAAAGCCCAAGGCGGACCGCAAGCGCGGCCGCUCGCCGGCGCCGUUGCAGAAGACGCGUGAACGCGAGCAGUCGAAGAAGGCGGCGGUGCUGCCGAGCGAUGCGCGUGCGCUGCGACGGCUGUACGACGAGCGCAUCCCCGAGUUCGUCGCGUUGCGGAGCAAGAAGAAGCAGCUGCGCGACGACCUGAAGCGGCUCCAGCGGCGCAUGCGAGAUGAGGGCAUCGAGGAUCUCAGCACUGACUGUGAAAUUCCCGACGAUGUCGAGUGCGAGAGCCUGCACAAUGCGGAGGCGGCGGCGCGCGAGGAGUGCGUGCGGAUACGCGACGCGCUCUACCGGCUCACCGGCCAAGAGAUCCCCGGGGACAACGGGUUGUGGUCUGAGGAUACCGACUAGGGAGGCGACCCAGGAUGGGAACGUGUUGAUACCCUUCGGAAAAGUAAAGCCCCAGGUUGGAUACCGGCAGCUUUUGUAUACCUUAUAUCCAUUCAUACGACACAGGCAUUUGUGGCAGCUCAUGUAUAACGGCAACAUAUCAGUUCUUUGUAACGUGUAUUUAGCAUUUCAC